AUGUUGAAAGUCCCGGUGCGCGGCAAGAAUGCCGGCUCCCAAGCUUCCACCAAGGCCGUCAUUCUCGUUGGCGGUCCUUCUCGUGGCACUCGGUUCAGACCUCUCAGUCUUGAUGUCCCCAAGCCGCUGUUCGAGGUCGCGGGCCAUGCCAUCGUGUGGCAUUGCCUCAAAGCUAUCGAGAAAGUCGAGGGCAUCAAGGAGGUCAUCAUGAUCGGAUACUAUGACGAGUCUGUCUUCCGGGAUUUCAUCAAGGAUUCGUCUAGAGAAUUCUCCCAGUUCAAGAUCACCUACCUCCGAGAGUAUCAGGCUCUGGGCACUGCCGGAGGUCUCUACCACUUCCGAGAUGCCAUCCUCAAGGGUAAGCCGGAGCGGUUCUUCGUGCUCAACUCGGAUGUGUGCUGCUCGUUUCCCCUCGAGCAGAUGCUCCAACUAUUCGAGGAGAAGGAUGCCGAAGCGGUCAUUCUUGGCACGCGAGUCAGCAAUGACGCCGCCACCAACUUCGGUUGCAUUGUUUCCGACGCCCACACCAAACGAGUCCUUCAUUACGUGGAGAAGCCCGAGUCCAAGAUCUCGAACCUCAUCAACUGUGGUGUCUAUCUCUUUGCGACCGAGACCAUCUUCCCUUCCAUCCGGACCGCCAUCAAGCGCAAGACCGAGCGCCCCCGCAUGAUCUCUUAUCCUUCGUCGGAGAAUCUCGAGAGCUCUUUCAUUGCUGAUGACGACGAGGACAAGAAGAACGAGGUGCUACGGCUGGAGCAGGAUAUUCUAUCCGAUCUCGCUGACAGCAACCGCUUCUUCGUGCACGAGACCAAGGACUUCUGGCGUCAGAUCAAGACUGCUGGCUCAGCUGUCCCGGCCAAUGCUCUGUAUCUGCAAAAGGCCUUUCAGCAGCAGUCUCCCGAGAUCGCGAAGCCCUCGGCCACCAUUGUGCCUCCUGUCUUCAUUCACCCUACUGCUGAAGUCGACCCCACCGCUAAGCUCGGACCCCACGUCUCCAUCGGACCCAAGGUCAUCGUCGGCCCGGGUGCCCGGAUCAAGGAAUCGAUCGUGCUGGAGGACUCGGAGAUCAAGCAUGAUGCAUGCAUCCUCUACUCCAUCAUUGGCUGGAACAGCAGAGUCGGUGCCUGGGCUCGUGUCGAGGGCACGCCAACGCCCGUCAACAGCCACAGCACCAGCAUCAUCAAGAACGGUGUCAAGGUUCAGAGCAUCACCAUCCUGGGCAAGGAAUGUUCAGUUGCUGAUGAGGUCCGGGUGCAGAACUGCGUCUGCUUGCCCUACAAGGAGCUCAAGAGGGAUAUCGCGCACGAGAUCAUCAUGUAG